AUGUUUAGACAAGCCAUUCGUCAAGUUGCUAAGCAAUCCUCUGUUGUCAGAAGAACUUAUGCCACUGAAGCUGCUAGUGCUUCAGAUGCCCUUAGAUUAUCUUUAGCAUUACCACAUCAAACCUUAUAUUCCGAUUCUGAAGUUGAACAAGUCAAUUUACCAUCUGUUAAUGGUGAUUUAGGUAUCUUAGCCAACCAUAUCCCAAUUGUUGAACAAUUAAGACCAGGAUUAUUAGAAAUUAUUUCUAAAGGUGGAGAAACUGAACAAUAUUUUGUUAGUGGAGGUAUUGCUACCGUUCAACCAGGUAACAAAUUAACCAUUUCUGCAAUUGAAGCUUUCAGGCCAACUGAAAUUGAUGCUUAUGCUGUCAAGACUUUGAUUGCUGAUGCUCAAAAGAGAGCCGAAUCUUCUGAUGAAGUUGUUGUUGCUGAAGCAAACAUUGAAUUAGAAGUUUUGGAAGCUUUACAACUUGUUGCUAAAUAA